UCAAUCAAACUAAGUCGCUUUUUAAAUGUAAAAAAAUUUGUAGAGUUCACAAAAGUCCGGAAAAAUAUCUAUAAAUAAGUAAAAUGAUCAGCAAGUGCGUACUGAUUUUGGGCUGUUGCUGUUUUAUCGCUACAACUACCGCCAGCAUCAUCUUUUACAAUGAAGACCCCAGCAAUAAUUUUAAUAUUGCAGAUGAUCAUGAACUAGUUGAUCAACCACAAUUGGUUUUGGUACGCCAAGUGCGUUCACAGGAGGGAGGUCACGGGCGCGUGAAAAUACACUAUGAGGACACUCCACAACGCGGCAGACAAGGUUCCGUCGAGUAUGAUCAUAAUAUAUAUACUGGUGGUAAUGGACGCUAUAAGGUAGAUGCCUAUGCUCGUGGUACCAGAAAUUACGAUGCUAACCGGAAUGAUGUUAGCGGUGGUAUUCAAGGAUCUUUUCGAUUUUAAAAAAUUUAUACAAAUUAAUUUUACUAAAAUAUAUAUUUUUUUACUAAAAUAUAAACAUAAAUAUAUGCUUUAA